AUGGAUUUGAAAUUCCAUCCAUUGAAAAUAUUAAAAGUGGAAAUAUUUCAUAAUAUUUGCAAUUGUCAUUUGAUUGGAUCUGAACUUGGCAAUUCACAUAUUAGAGGAUUGUAUUUGGAUGGACGCAAAUUAUUUAAUUGUAAAAGGAGAAAUUUCCCUAUAAAUUAGGGAAUGGAAUGA